AUGGAAAGAAUGGUCCCUGUUGUCUAUUUCCAAUGCCUUGUUUUCCUUCUCAUGAAGGCUUUAUUGCUAUCAAAAACAGUGAUGGCAGAACCAAGGGCCAAGACUGUCAAUAUAACAUGUAACCACAAGCUAGAGCACAACUCCACUAUCUUUGUUCCAAAUUUUGUUGCAACCAUGGAGAAGAUUAGUGAACAGAUGCGCAACACUGGUUAUGGCAAAGCAGUUGUAGGGACAGGAGGACCUGACACUAACUACGGGUUAGCUCAGUGCUAUGGUGAUCUCUCAUUACUUGACUGUGUUUUAUGUUAUGCCGAGGCACGCACAGUUCUUCCCCAAUGCUUCCCUUACAGCGGUGGUCGCAUAUACCUUGAUGGCUGCUUCAUGAGGGCUGAAAACUACAGCUUCUAUGAUGAGUACACAGGACCAGGAGACAAGGCUGUUUGUGGAAACACAACAAAGAAGAACGCAAGUUUUCAAGCAGCAGCAAAGAAGGCCGUUAUGACUUCUGUUCAAACUGCACCAAACAAUAAAGGGUAUGCUAGGGCUGAGGUUGCAGUAGCAGGAACAGCAAAUGACUCAGUUUAUGUUCUGGCUAACUGUUGGAGAAGCUUGGACGCAAAGUCUUGUAGAGCUUGUCUUGAAAAUGCAUCUUCUUCCAUAUUAGGGUGCCUGCCCUGGUCAGGAGGGCGAGCACUGAACACUGGAUGCUUCAUGAGGUACUCAGACACAGAUUUUCUUAACAAGGAAGAGGAAAAUGGUUCAGGAGAUAAUGUAUUAGUGAUAGUGAUUGCAGUUGUCAGUUCAGCGAUUGUUUUGGUAAUUGGAAUAGCUAUUGUGGUUUAUAUCCGAAAACUCAGAUACGUUCAAAUGAAACGAAGAGGUUCAAGUGAUGCAGAAAAGUUAGCCAAAAGCCUUCACCACAAUAGCUUGAACUUCAAAUACUCUACACUGGAGAAGGCUACUAAUUCCUUUGAUGAAGCUAACAAGCUUGGACGAGGAGGAUUUGGAACGGUUUAUAAAGGAGUUCUGCCUGAUGGAAGAGAGAUUGCUAUCAAGAGAUUAUAUUUCAACAACAGACACAGAGCAGCAGAUUUCUACAAUGAAGUCAACAUGAUUAGUAGUGUGGAACACAAAAAUCUGGUCAGACUCUUAGGAUGCAGUUGUUCAGGACCUGAAAGCCUGCUUAUAUAUGAAUUGCUACCUAACAGAAGUCUCGAUCGCUUCAUAUUUGAUAAAAACAAGGGUAGAGAACUAAGUUGGGACAAGAGAUAUGACAUUAUCAUCGGGACAGCUGAAGGAUUGGUUUACCUGCAUGAGAACUCUGACAUUAGGAUAAUCCACAGAGAUAUAAAAGCCAGCAACAUCUUAUUGGAUGCAAAGCUUCGCGCUAAAAUUGCCGAUUUUGGUUUGGCCAGAUCCUUUCAAGAUGAUAAGAGCCACAUUAGUACAGCUAUUGCUGGAACUUUAGGUUAUAUGGCUCCAGAGUACCUAGCACAUGGUCAGUUAACAGAGAAAGCAGACGUAUAUAGCUUUGGAGUGUUACUGUUAGAAAUAAUUACUGGGAGACAGAAUAACAGGAGCAAAGCAUCAGAAUAUUCCGACAGCCUAGUGGCAAUGACAUGGAAGCAUUUUCAGUCAGGGACAGCGGAACAAUUAAUUGAUCCAUGUCUAUUGUUGGAUGACAACCAUAGAAGCAAUGUUAAGAAUGAUAUUUUAAGAGUGGUGCAGAUAGGACUUCUAUGCACCCAAGAAAUCCCUUCCUUGCGACCAUCUAUGUCAAAGGCUCUAAAGAUGCUAACAAAGAAGGAGGAGCACAUGGAAGCACCCUCCAAUCCACCCUUCAUAGAUGAAAGUACCAUGGCACUUCAUGAUCAAAAUGAUGACCCAUUUUACCCUCUCUAUGUAGCAGACUCAUUGGCUACUAUGUCCCAUAGCUCAUUUUAUCCAAGGUAA